AUGAAGGAAGCCAAAAAUAUAUAUCUAAAGCAAGUCACUUUACCCCCAGCUAACCCCAUAAUCUCCUACGCCACUGUGCUUUCGUCUCCAGCAAACGAACGUGCUAAUACUACUGCACCAAGUACCGGUUCCCCACAAACGGUAAUUAAUGAGAACAAGGAGAAUUCUAGCACCAAUUCAUCAACUAUCAUUCAUAAAUCACCUUCAAAUCCAAAAGUCUCCAGCGACCAAACACAAAUUCUCUCAAGCAAUAGUCUUACUAAUCAACAGCCCAAUAAUCAAAAUAACUCUCUUCAAAAUUCUACUCAAAUCACAGCUAACUACCAAAAAACUCUCCACUCUGAUCUCAGCCCAACUAAACAGAAAUCAGCUAACCAACAAUCAAAGCGAAUGCUCUCUAAUAAGCAAACCACUCUCCACUCAAAUAAUAGCUCAGAUGAUGAAUGCUAUAACCAUGCUAGUACUUCUCUCGGAGAUACCACCGUAAACUUAAAUAGUGCAGCGUCACUCAAUAAAGCACAAAAAUACUCAACUAGUCAUACUAUGAAUAACAACUUUACCACUGAUGACAUAGUCUCUGAAAACCUUGAUGUUUUAAGAAAUGGUAUCCUGCCUAAUCAUUGCUCCAUCUACACCAGUGAAAUCUUUGCUAUCUAUCAAGCCGCCUUAAUUGCAUCGAAAACCAAGGGUAAUUUCUGCAUUUGUACUGACAGUCGGUCUGCCAUUGAUGCCUUCUGGAAAUUCAAAAAGGACAGCGUUCUAGUAACCCACACCAGGGAUUUGCUAAUUAAACACAAAAACAAAAUUAAAUUGAUGUGGAUUCCUGGUCAUGGUGGCAUCCAAGGCAAUGAACUAGCUGACUCUGUUGCGAAGAGUCUUCAUAAUAACCCAGUUAUCUGUUUUGACACUUUUGAAAAGUCCGAUUUGUCGAGACAUGUACGGCAGUAUAUUAACAAUAAAUCCUUACUAAAGUGGAAAGAAUAUGUUCACCAUUAUGCAGAUAUUAAUCCAACAAAAAUUAGGCCUACUUUUCCUUCCGAUGCUAAACAGUCAGACAUUCUCGUUUUCACAAGACUUCGUUUGGGCCACACGCAGAUCACUCACGGACAUCUUCUUAGUCAUGGAGUAUCAUUAUGCAACGUUUGCGGGGCAAUGAGCACAUCUGUGAAGCAUAUCUUGGACAUCUGCCCUCGUUUUUCUAUUCAAAGGCAACGGAUUUUUGGCUUGACUGUUCCAUCACAACUUCUUUCCGACACUGCAGCACUUAACAUAAGCAAGAUAUCUAGUUUUAUAGCCUCAUGCAACCUAUCUCAUUUAAUUUAGUUAACCUUAACUAUAUAAUUUUUGUAAUCCAUAAUCGAAAUGUAAAUUAGUAUUUCUUUUGUAAAACCAGCUGAUGGCCUCGAGCUAGUGCUGUUUUUUUUUUUUCUCUUGUUAAACUUCUCGUCUGCCUGUGAUGAGUAUUUACCGUCUGUAUUAGUCUACUUCUCUGGUUUAUGUCCGCUUCCAACAACUUUUUCAUAUGUGUUUGAGGAAAGUGUUCUGUAGCGUUAAUUGUCUCGUCUCUUAGAAAUUCGUAUAGUGUCAGGUUAGUAACGUGUUUGAUGUGUUCGAAGUUCUCCCAAAUUACAAGUUCCCCUUUAACAACCGGAAUGUACUUUGCCUUGGAGUAGUCUAUUAUC